UAAUGGUUUAAGCUUUCUCUAUGUGCACACAGGACUUCUAGCUGCUUUGAUGGUUUAAUCUUUCACGAAGGCGUCCACAACCACAAGCUCCAAUCCUUACUGUACUGUACGAUAUCUAAAAGGCAACCAUGGACGACAAGAAGAGCCCUCUGUACAUUGAUCCAUUCCGGUAUCCCAGUGACGAUGAUAUUGACAAGAAACUGAAGCUCUGGGAGAAGGAGGAAGGAGAGGCUUGCCAGUCGUCCGCUGUGAAAUGGUUGAACUGCAUUAGAUUUGUCAAGCAAUACUAUAGGUUGGAGGGUCGUGACCUGAAGGACGGAAUGCAGUGGCAGCAGUACAUGCUCCGAAAAUGCUACGUUCCCUACACGGAUUACAAAGGAUGUGUCCUGGAUGAAAGACAUGCGGAAAUGGAACGGCUCAAGGCGCAAUAUGGACCCGAAAAAUGGGAAAAUAGUCAAGAUUUAGUCAAGGCAACCUUGGCAGAAAAGUACGGAACGGAUGUCGCACAUCAGCUGGUCAAUUACAGCCAGGAUUAUCGGGAACGAUUCUACGCCAUGCGCAAAAUUGUCGAUGAGGAAAUGGGCGUCAUUCGAAAUGGAAUGGCCGCACCUGAUAUACCCACCUCCAAGCCAGAUCUACCAAUAAUGCAAGAAACCAAACCAGCAGCACCCACCAUCGCAUUACCCAAGCCGACCACCACAGCAGACAAUCAGCAGAAGAGUAGUAGUUCCAGCUUUGGAUUCAAGGGAUGGUGGUCCCAGCCAGAAUCGAGAUUCAAAAAGCCCAGCAAUGAUACUGGUACUAGUGAAUGAAUAGACAAUCAACAAUAGAUCUUUCGGUAAAUUUGCGUAAGCUACCGUAGCUAGCUAGGUAUCCUUAGUUUUUCGAGGCUCAUGGCAUGGCAUGACAU